AUGUCACAAUUUCAAGGUUAUGUCAAAAUUACAAAUUGGCGUAAUCUUUACGCAGCAACGCGGCACAAUGCACAACAUUGUCGCUGGAUCAAUUAUGGCCACGACAUGCAUAAGGAAAUGCUUAAUGGCACAGCCAAGAUCUCCGUGACUGAGUACGACAGUGGAGGUUUUAUCAUCAAUGACAUUAACAUGCGCGGUGGAGUUGCGCUUUUUUCUGAGAUUGCCAUGCUGUGGAAGCCAAAGAAAAUUAAAGAGAUCACGCGAGAACAUUUAUCUGUCUUCUUGGUCUUCAACCCUCCGAUCGAGAUCUUAGUGCUUGGAUGUGGAGAGAGGGUCGAUCAUGGACUGGAUCCGGAGCUGAAAGAAAUGCUGAAGGUGAACGGCAUUGUGGUGGAAUACCUAGAUACAGUUAACGCUUGCGCUACAUUUAAUAUUCUAAACGCCGAGGACCGUCCAGUAGCUGCAGCGUUGCUGCCGUACGACUCCAACUCCCUUUCAGAUACAACUAGCUAUACACCCACACGAUAUGGGUAA